AAUAUAAGGGGCACAUUUGAAGUAGUAGCUUCCACUUCUCAGUGUCAUCAUGCGGGGGCUGCUCCUGUGCUGCCUUGUGGCUCUGGCUACAUGUCAAAAUCUUCGUUAUGAGCUCGCCCUGAAUCCCAGGAAAACCUACGAGUACAAAUAUGAAGGAGGGGUGAACUUUGGACUCGGCAUUCCAAACCUUGCAGAGGCUGGGAUGAGAAUAUCAUGUAAGGUCAAGAUCAGUGGUAUAUCCGACCAAACAUUCAGCCUUCAGGUUUCAGAGUUGGCCUUUCAGGAGUUCAACGGUUUCCCGGGGAAAAACGACUUUAAUGCCUCCCCAAAGCUCAGCCAGCGUAUUGCUGCCCAGCUCAUCAAACCAUUCAUGUUUGACUACACCAGUGGACACAUUAGUGCCAUCCACGCCUCUCCGGAGGUUUCUGACACUGUUGUCAACAUUGUGAGAGGGAUCUUGGGUUUCUUCCAAGUCACUGUCAAGACUACACAGAGGAUCUAUGAGCUUGUAGAGGUUGGCAUCCAUGGAAAGUGUCAGAGUAACUAUGCUACAGAGGAAAAUGUGGAAACACAUGACAUGACCAUCACUCAGGUGGUGGACCUCAAUGGCUGCAGUGAGAAAGCAGCUAUCUACAGGGGAAUGGCAACAGCUGUGGUCGAUGAAGUUGCCAAACAGAGAGGAGAAUCUAUCAUUUCAGCGGUGAGAUACGUUUACACAGUCAAACCAACAGCAGAGGGUGGUCUCAUUACCAGGGCUCACGGCCUGGAGCAACAGCACUUCAGUCCCUUCAAUGUGAAGGGUGGCAGUUUCAAGAUGGAAGCGAUGAAGGAAAUGGUGCUACUCGGUGUGAGUGACACAGGUAGAGCCGUUUUGUAUGGACCAAUGGAGAGCAAGGGCAACCUUGUGUACAAGUUUGUCAAUGCAGAAGCUAAUGUCCCCAUUAUGAUGCAGAACCUGGAGAACCCAGUACCAAAGGCUAUAGAGUUGGUCAAACAUUUGGCUGAAGUUAAUAAAUACGAGAUUGACAGCGCAAGGACUGAAGAUACUAUAAAGCUUUACCAACUUCUCAGAGUGGUGCCUUAUGAAGGAUUAGAGGCUAUGUGGAAGGAGUUUGCAGGAAAUGAAGAGUACAGACGUUGGUUUUUGGACAUGAUUGUUGAAGUCAGCGAUGCCAGGAUCCUGAAGUUCAUGGAAAGCAGGUUUCAGGCUGGCGAUAUUUCCACGGUCGAAGCUGUGGAGACACUUUUGCUGUCGAUAAACCAUCUCCAGCCAAUCCCUGAGCUGGUUGAGAUGGCUAAAAUGUUCCUGGACAUGCCCUUUAGUAAAUCCAACAUCUAUCUGUGGCAUACUGUGGUUCUUACCUACGGCUCUCUGGUGUACAAGCACUGUGCCUAUUAUACACCGUGUCCAAUAAAUGCUGUUCAGCCACUGCUGGACAUGGCCUUGGGAAGUCUGAGAAGUGGCAGCGAGGCAGACAUGAUCAUCGCUCUGAAAGCUCUGGGGAACGCAGGUCAUCCAGGCAGCAUUAAAACCAUCAUGCGUUUCCUCCCCGGUGUGGCUGCCACACCUGUGGAUCUGCCACCUCGUGUGCUGAGUGCUGCUGUGCAGUCUAUGAGACUGAUAGCUGCCAGAGACCCUCACAGUGUCCAAGAGAUUACCCUGAGUCUGUUCCUGCAGAAGAAUCUUCCCACUGAACUACGCAUGCUGGCACUCACAGUCCUUUUCGAAGCUAAGCCAUCCAUGGGUCUUGUGUCCACAGUGACUACACAUCUACAGGAUGAAAAAGACCUCAAUGUUAUAAGUUUUGCAUACUCCUACAUGAAAAGCUUGGCCAGAUCCAGCACGCCAAACAAUCACUUCCUCUCAACUGCCUGCAGUGUAGCUGUAAAGAUCCUGGCUCCUAAGUUUGGUCGCCUGAGUUAUCAUUACAGCAAAGCCUGGCGCAUGGACUGGUUUAACGAUGACUUCCUAAUGGGUACAGCAGCAGAAGUCUUCAUGCUCAAAAGUGCAACAAACAUCUUUCCCACUGAAUUGAUCAUGAAAGGAAAAUAUUAUUUCAUUGGUAGAAUUCUGCAGCUACUGGAGUUGGGUAUCCGUGGUGAAGGGAUUAAGGAACUGUUUGGCAACAACAUCCCUAAUUUUAAAGGAGAUCUUAGUUUUAGUGACUUCAAGGCUCUUUUUAAUUUGCUCCAAAACUGGGAAGUUCUGCCCAGUGAUAAGCCUGUCCUUUCUGCCUAUGUACGUGCCUCUGGACAAGAGGUUUUCUUCACUGAUAUUAACAAAGAGUUCAUUCGGAGCAUCAUCUCGGCUGUCAGUCCUUCAGCAGGGAAAGAAAGUCCUCUAUGGGCUGCAGUUGAGAAUUUACAGAGAGGAAUAUCAUGGCAUAAGACCAAACCAUUCUUAAUCUUUGAAGUUCGCUACUUCCAAGCUACCACCCUGGGCCUCCCACUAGAGAUUAGCAAAUAUUAUGAAACCGUCAAUGGGAUCACUGUUAAUGCCAAAGCAGCAGUAAAUCCACCUCCUACUGAACGUCUCGGACAACUCUUUAAUUCUGAAAUUACAUUGGAGAGUGACGGUUUUAUUGGUUUCACAAAGGAUUUAUGGGUUUUCUAUGGGAUCAACACAGAGCUGUUCCAGUGUGGUUCUGAGUUUAAGAGUAAAAUGCCUCUUGCUCUCCCAUGGAAGAUUUCUGCCAAGAUCAAUGUCAGAGAAAAGAAGUUUGAACUCGACUUUGCUCCAUGGAAAAAAGAGUUUGAAGUCUUUUCAGUCAGAUCCAAUGUAUAUGCAGUCACCAGGAACAUUGAGGAGCCAGCUUUGGCUAAAAUGACUCCAAUAAUGCCCAACGCUGUAAACUCGCAUAAGGCAAAUCAGGUCCUGACACCAAACACCUGGAAUCCAAGGGGCAAAAUGUGUGCUGAGAGUGACAUUUAUGGAGUUGGUGUCUGUGUGGAAUCUCAGUUCAGGAGAGAGUAUUACCAUGAGGAAUACCCCCUGUACUAUUUCCUUGGAGAGACCUACAUGGGAGUCAAAGUAGACAGAGCCCAGGCAAUCAAAGCUGUUGACAAAAUCCACUUUGAGGUUAAUGCUGGUCCAAGCAGACAUCCAAUGAGUGCAAGCCAACUCCUUGAGACUCUGAGGAGGAUUUCCAAGGAUGCAGCUCAGUCCUCUGAUUCAGCCUCAAGUGAGAGAGGAUCUCAUAACGGCUAUCAUAACUACGGCUGGGACUCAACACCUGAAUCUGUGUUCAGUAUCAAAGGCCUUGCUAUGAGUGGCAACUCAAAGCCUGAGGGUUACGAUGCAGCCAUGUACUGCACGCCCGAGGAAAACAUUCAGAACGUCCAGCUGAUUGUGUCUGAGGUUGGAGAAGACACUAACUGGAAGAUGUGCAUUAACGUCAUUGCUGAUGCCCAUGCUGAGACAAAGGCACAUAUUAGAUGGGGAGCUGAAUGUCAGUCCUAUGAAAUGUCAAUGAGAGGUGCAACUGCACAUCUGCCUGGUUCCAAGCCAACACUCAAGGCCAAGGUACACUGGACCAGGAUCCCUGAAACCAUGGCAGAGAUAGGCAGGAGAAUUGAAAGCUACGUUCCCGGCAUGGCUUUCCUUCUCGGUUUCUCCCAGCAACAUGAGAGAAAUGCCAAGCAGGAGGUUUCUGCAUCAGUUGUUGCCGCCUCAGCAGACAGCGUUGAUGUGAAGAUUAAAUUCCCAGAGUAUACAGUUUACCGCCACGCUAUUCCAGUCCCACUGCCACCUGCCAGUUUUCUGGACUUUCAACAUGACAGAAACACAACAAUGGACACUUUUGGGCGUGCAUAAAUACAUAAAGACAACAAAGACCAGAUGGGAGCCAGAUGCCUCUUUUCAAAGUGAAAACACUGCAACCAGAAAUCUCACCACCAUGAUGAAAGUGAGGAUCAUAAAAGAUGCAUCAGUAAUCCGUCAGAUGUCACCAGUUUGGAAAUAACCUGUAAAGGGUCUAAUGUAUUAAUUUGAAAGCAUGUUAAUAUUUGAACACCCUCUUUUGAUGAAACAAUGUGUGAAUUCAUGCUCACGUUCCGAAAUAUUGUAUCUUCAUAACAUUGGAUUUACAAAAAUGGAUUUCAGCAUAAAUCAGUUCUAAUUCUGUCAGUGAAAAAGAAACUUUGUUCAUCCAAACAUUGUGUUAAAUCUGUGUAUCCCAUGAUUAUAAUGCAGAGCAUUAUAGCAUCUUUUACUUCACCGAAACAAUAUUAAAUGAAUCUCAACCAAGGUCAGUUUCUACUUGUUAAUCCACUAAGAAAAAGAAAAUAGAGAGAUCAGUUAGAACCACAUUAUUGAUAUAUGGCAUUACACUAAUGGAGUUAUAAUCUGAUUCUGCUCAUGAAUAAUUAUCACACAGUAUUGUACUGAUGAAAUCCCUGGAAAUCCUUAAAAAAAAACUUGAUGCAGAUCGAGUCAUAAAAUCUCUUCUGAUG